CAAGCCAACCAUGGAUUAAUGAUCUAGUGGCAAGAAUAUUAAUCUUUCUAAUUGUCUCUCUGAGCUAGUGUAGAGUUAAAAAUCUAGAUUAAUGUCCUUGUUCGAUAAUAUUGAACAAAUUAUGCUGCAACUUAAUACAGAUUUGUGAGGACAUACCCGAAGUGCUGGAUUCAGAUGUACCUGGGUUGGCUGAGCGUCCCAUCAACAUCUUCCUCCCUCGAUUUUUGCAGUUUUUCCAGUCACCACAUACCUCGCUAAGAAAGCUUUCCUUGGGUUCUGUGAAUCAAUACAUCAUGUUGAUGCCUUCUGCUUUGUUUACAUCCAUGGAUCAGUACCUUCAGGGUUUGUUUGUACUUGCUAAUGACUCUGCUACAGAAGUCCGAAAAUUGGUUUGUGCAGCAUUUGUUCAGCUAAUUGAAGUCCGUCCAACUUUCUUGGAGCCGCGUCUAAGAAAUGUAAUCGAAUACAUGCUACAAGUAAACGAGGACGCUGAUGAUGGAGUGGCUCUUGAAGCUUGUGAAUUCUGGAUGAUGACACAGUUAAUGUGUGGAAUUUGUGGAAGUGCAGUGCAGUGGCGCUUGAUGUUCUGUACUAGAAGCUCAUUUUUCAAGUACAGUUUUAGUUCUCAGGAUUUUUUGCUGGCUAAGCUGGCAACUAGUGGCGAUGCUGCCUGGAAAGACAGGGAAGCAGCUGUUUUGGCUGUUUGUGCCAUAGCAGAAGGUUGCAUUAAUGGCCUCUACCCUCAUUUAUCCGAAACUGUGGCAUUUCUUAUCCCGCUUUUAGAUGACAAGUUUCCUCUAACACGAAGUAUUUCUUGUUGGACACUUUCUCGGUUCAGCAAAUUUAUUGUUCAGUUUACUUGGCUACCACUGGUGGAUAGAUUAAUUCAACUCCCUCUAAUGGCUGCUGGUAUGCUUCCCUGUUGAAAUCUAGAUUUGACAUGCAGUUGGCUCCUUUGCACCUUCCUGUAUGCAGUACUCGACUUUGACAACAUUGACACAGCCUGGAGAAAAUAUGAUUCAA